AUGCUCGCACAAUGCACUCUCUUUGUGCUUCUGCUUCAGGUAACCUCGUCUUGGGCUGUCCCAACGCGAGCCGCGAAACGAGCUGGUCCUACGGUUCGGCUCGACGAUGCAACAGUCACCGGAGUCGCAAACGGGACCGUCAACAAGUUUCUCGGUAUUCCUUAUGUUCAGCCUCCUAUCGGGUCUCUUCGGCUUCGACAGCCCCAUCCUAUCACAAGUUACAACCAGAGCUUCUCAGCUACCACUUACGGGCCGAUCUGUCCUCAGCAACUUCAAAAACUGGUCUUGCCGGACGACGUGCCUGCAAUAGUAAGCGAAGAGAUGGGAAGCAUUGGCGCUCCGGUCGAUUUGCCGAUAUCGGAAGAUUGUUUAACAGUGAACAUCAUCGCACCUGCCGACGCAACGCCUGAUUCGAAGUUACCUGUGGUCCUGUGGAUAUUCGGAGGUGGCUUUGAGAUCGGGUACCCCAGCUCCACCGAUGGCUCUAUUCUCGUGAAUCAGAGCGUUUCCCUUGGUACUCCAGUGGUGUACGUAAGCUUGAACUAUAGGCUAAACAUAUUCGGCUUUUUGGCCAGUGAGGAAGUCCAGGAUGCUGGCAUUGGCAACCUCGGUCUGCAAGAUCAACGCCAAGCAAUGAGAUGGUUCCAGCAGUACAUCACCCAGUUUGGGGGCGACCCAUCCAAGGUCACGAUCUGGGGCGAGAGCGCGGGUGCUAUCUCAGUAGGCGCACAGUUGGUCGCCAACAAAGGGAACAAUGAAGGUCUGUUCCGUGCAGCUAUCAUGGACUCCGGUGCUCCGCUGUGGCUCGGCAACAUCACCCAUGGGCAGCCUUACUACGAUCAUAUCGUUGACGAGACGGGAUGCUCGAACUCGUCAGACACGCUCGACUGCCUUCGAAAUGCACCCUUCGAAGCGCUCAUGAGUGCGACCAAUAGCACGCCAAAUAUGUUUUCAUACCAGGCAUUGGCUACAGCUUGGAUCCCUCGCGUAGAUGGCGUGUUCCUGACUGACAAUCCUCAGCAGCUCGUCAAGCAAGGAUCUAUAGCCGACGUGCCUUUCAUCAACGGUGUUAACGACGACGAGGGGACCCUAUUCUCAUUCACGACUCUUAAUGUAACGACCGAUGACGAGCUGCUCACGUACAUACAAACGUACUACGCUCCGAACGCGACCUCCGAUGAGAUCGAACAUGUCUUAUCAUCCUACUCAAGCGAUCCAGUCUACGGUUCUCCCUUCAACACCUCUAACCAAAACGCUCUGACCCCUCAAUUCAAACGUAUCGCGGCGGUCUUGGGCGACAUGACAUUCCAAGGACCGCACCGCUUCUUGUUGCAGGAGAGGUCUGCAAUGCAGCCGACCUGGGCAUACCUUUACAAACGCGGAAAGUCGACUCCUUACCUUGGAUCGGACCAUGGCUCGGAGCUUACCAACGCUUACGGAGGUGGAGAUCUAGCGGCCUACUUCAUUCGCUUCGUCGCAAAUCUUGACCCCAACGGGAACAACGUCGACGUCGAAUGGCCCAAGUACACGACGGAUUCCCCCAGCUUGCUCACUUUACUCGACGGAGAUAUCCCUCUUAACAUUACGCAAGACGACUAUCGCGUCGAGGCCAUCCAGGCCAUGAAUGCUUUGAUGCUUAAGUACCCUUUCUGAGCGAUGAUUGAGCAGCAUAUAUACGACAAAAGUAGCUAUUUGUACUCUAGUACACUUGGGCGGGCGAAUGCAAU